AAGCAGAAUAAUCCAGAUUAUUUAAAUAAAAUGGCUUCCGGGAACAGAACCUCAGGGAUUGGUCCAAAUCUGGGCACACCUUCAGAAGCGGCCACGCCCACACACGUCCUUAUAAACAGCCGCGUGGGCGGUAUCUUGUCAGAACUGUUUUAAUGUCAUUUUAUUUAUAUUUUAGCGCAUUCUUGUGUAUGUGAUCUCGUUUGGCUUUUACAUUUUUAAACGAAUUUUUUCCUUUUUUUUUUGGCUAAAUAAUGGCGGAGUGGAAAACUCAUGUUAACUACAAUUACAACCCUACGUUUCAUGCUUACACCUACGGCUUCUUGUAUCAAGCCGCGUCCGAGCAGAACCACGGCAGCGGCUGGAGCGAGAACUCCGAGCAGAACGGCUACAACAGCGGGCAUACGGAGGCUAACUUCCCCGCUAGGAGCCGGGAGGAGUCCCCUCCUCGCAGCCCGGAGCAGCAGGCUGAAAGCGGCCACUACUACCAGGACUCCGGAGUGGUGUACAUGAGGGAAUCACAGACGGGCCGCUUGGUUCUGGCGGGACCGCAACGGGUCGGUUACGACGGCGGCGAUUCUGCCAGCGACUCCGAGGCGCACACCUCACCGGAUUCUUGGAGUUCCGGUAGCAACCAUGAAAGAAGUGUUCCCCAGACAGAUUCUGCAAUCUGGGCCAAAAAUGAAGCUGAGACGGGAGCAAGGAGUCCAGACCACAGCGGGGAUGUGUCCAGCUCACUCAUGGACGAAUCUCAAUCAUUUGCAGUCCAGGACAUCGGAGAUGUAAACAGUUCUGUACACACACCCUGCACUGCCACGAAGAAGCAAAGCAGUGGAGCCCAGAACGCCCCAAAAACAAAAGUCCGAGCUGCUUUUUCAGAAAUCCAGAUGAACACUUUGGUGCAGCGCUUUAGCAUGCAGAAGUACCUCACUCCAGCUGAGAUGAAAAACCUGGCAGAUGUGACUGGGCUAACCUACAAGCAGGUAAAGACAUGGUUUCAGAACCGUAGGAUGAAGCUGAGGCGGCACCAGAAAGAUACCAGCUGGGUGUCAGAGCGAUAUGCAAUCAACAAAGACGACACUGCUACGGACACUGCAUUCACAAACAUGGCUCCACAUGUACCCCCUUAUCAGGGGGAUAGGAUGUCUCAUCUUCGAGAUCACUACAACCAGCACAUGAUGGGUGCAGCAUUUAAGAACACCCCGCAGAACUUGGCCUUCUACCUGACUGCCAUGGGCAACCGGAAUGGAACCACUGGUUACCCACCGUGGUCCUCCAGCCAGGCUGCUCUACCCAGCAGACCCCAGGUACCGGGAUGGCCCCUGCCGCCGGGCCGCAGCCAGUUUGAUUUCCGCCCCCAUCCCUACAACUCCGCAGGCGCCGCCUCUUUGAACAACUUUGGACGCAACGCAACCAUCGACAGCAAGGACGGGGAGUCUGCAGGAGCUCCGAAUCCAGCCGUUUUGCAUAACGCUGUCCAAUAAGCUAAACCAUGAUGUUGUUCAGGUUAAGCAUGUUCGGCGCCACUAGAUCAAUUUUUCCUCUGGGUGGGAGUUCAAACGCUUAGUACUGUUCCGUAGCAUUUCAAUAGUUUUAUUUUUAUAUGCUACUAUUUAAUGAAUGUUGCUGUUCAUUUAGUUUUUUUUGGCUCUGAUACAACCAUUGCUGUACAUGUGAUGAUGCUACACUGGGCUGCAUUUUUAAAAUCAUUUUUCAAUUAAAAACAAGUUACU